AAGACACACGCUGGCAUCUCUAGAGGGCAGCCCCGUCUCCAGCCCAGUCCGGUCCUGUCCAGGGUGUUGGGAGCUGGUUCCGUCUCUGUGCUGCAGUUCAACCCAUCCUCUGAGAGAGAGCCUCACAGCUCUGCUGCCUUCUUUCUGCCUGCGCUUUGCUCUCAGGGCAACUCCAGGGAUUUUCUGCCGGGGGGAGCAGCAAAAAAACUUCCUGUGGAUCAUCUUAAGUGGGAAAAGUUAUAAAACCACUAGAGGAUACCUGCUCUCUUUUUUUAAAUCCAAGCGGACUUCAUCAACGUCACGAAAACACAAACUGCUCUCUUUCUUUGUGGGGCUGGUUUGACCAUCUGGAUCAUCAACUGAUUUAAAAUUUGGACAAAUCUUUGAUUCAAACGACAGCUUUCAUCAUGGCGACCACAGGCAUGCAGCUGAUGGGUCUGAUCCUGUCCAUUGUUGGCUGGGUUGCUGGUGCAGUAGUCUGCGCCAUCCCGCUGUGGAGGGUCACUGCUUUUAUCGGCAACAACAUAGUGACAGCUCAAAUCAUCUGGGAAGGCUUGUGGAUGAACUGCAUAGUGCAGAGCACAGGUCAGAUCCAGUGUAAGGUGUAUGAUAGCUUGCUGGCUCUGCCCAGUGACAUGCAGGCUGCCCGUGGCCUCACUGUGUUCUCCAUCCUGCUCUGUGGGGUAGCCUUGGCUCUGGGGGUCCUUGGAGUCAAGUGCACCAAAUGCAUAGGUAUCAAUAGUCUCAAAGCCCGCGUCGCUCGUAUUUCUGGUGCCUUGUUUGCCAUCGCAGGAUUCCUUUACCUUGUUCCUGUCUCCUGGACUGCCCAUUCCAUCAUCAGGGAUUUCUACGACCCACACGUGGCAGCUCCACACAAGCGGGAGCUCGGCCCUGCCCUCUACAUCGGCUGGGUGGCGUCUGCUUUGCUCCUUAUUGGUGGUUCUCUGCUCUAUGCUGGGUCCAGUCCCCCUGGCAUCCCGGGCUCUCCCACCUUCAGCAGCGGGGAAAGCAGUCCUCGUAGAGCCCCCGCAACACAGGUUAAAGGUUAUGUCUAAAAGCCCUAAACUCCUGAAAUCCAGUUAUGACACUAUGACUAUGUUUCUCAGUUUACUUUUUCUUUAAAAAACAAAAACAACCUACAUUCAGCUCGAUAGAGAAAAUGUACAUUUUUUCCCCCCGAUGAUUUCAUUUUUUUUUUUUUAAAUAACUUUUUUCUGUCUGUCAUCCAAAUGCAAUAAAAGUUGUAUCCUCUAAUGAGGAAACUUGUGUGUGUACAUUUUUACAAAUAUAAAAUCUUUCAAAAAUCCUUUGCGGUGUAUGUUUUUCAUAAGCAUGAUUUACAAUAGAACUGUUUCAACUGCAAUAUUCCUUCAAGAAAAUACGUUUUCGGUGUUGCUCCAUAAACAUCAGUUUUGGAGAAGAAACAAUAGAACAAUAAGGGUGUUUGUACAUUUGCUUGAGGGUCCUUAAUGUUGAGAAUAGCGUCUGUGUGUUGUCCUAUCUUCCUUCUCCCCUUUACUGUCUUAACCACAUGGUGGCACGGACAAAAUACAUUAUUUGCAGUGCAAGAAAAAAAAGAUUAAAGUUAG